GAGCUCAGGCUAGUUUCAGUUAUAAGGAAGAGGAACUCACACAGUCACUGACACUGAGAGGAGAAAUGGCGCAGAAAGGACUUCAGCUGGACCGAGAAACCUUCUCUUGUUCCAUCUGUUUGGAUCUACUGAAGGAUCCGGUGACUACAGCCUGUGGACACAGCUACUGCAGGAACUGUAUUAAAGGUUUCUGGGAUGAAGAGGACAGGAAGGGAAUCCACAGCUGCCCUCAGUGCAGGAAGACUUUCACACCGAGGCCUGUCCUGGAGAAAAACACCAUGUUAGCAGCUUUAGUGGAGCAGCUGAAGAAGACUGGACUCCAAGCUGCUCCAGCUGAUCACUGCUAUGCUGGACCUGAAGAUGUGGCCUGUGAUGUCUGCACUGGGAGGAAGCUGAAAGCCAUCAAGUCCUGUUUAUCUUGUCCAGCCUCUUACUGUGAGAAACACCUCCAACCUCACUAUGAUGCAGCUCCAUUAAAGAAACACAAGCUGGUGGCCCCCUCCAAGAAGCUCCAGGAGAACAUCUGCUCUCGUCAUGAUGAGGUGAUGAAGAUUUUCUGUCGUACUGAUCAGCAGAGUAUCUGUUAUCUCUGCACAGUGGAUGAACAUAAAGGCCAUGAAACAGUCCCAGCUGCAGCAGAAAGGACUGAGAAGCAGAAGGAGCUCGAGGUGAGACGACUAAACAUCCAGCAGAGAAUCCAGGAGCGAGAGAAAGAUGUGAAGCUGCUUCAACAGGAGGUGGAGGCCAUCAAUGGCUCUGCUGAUAAAGCAGUGGAGGACAGUGAGAAGAUGUUCACUGAGCUGAUCCGUCUCAUCCAGAAAAGAAGCUCUGAUGUGAAGCAGCAGGUCAGAUCCCAGCAGGAAACUGAAGUGAGUCGAGUCAAAGAGCUUCAGGAGAAGCUGGAGCAGGAGAUCGCUGAGCUGAAGAGGAAAGACGGCGAGCUGGAGCAGCUCUCACACACAGAGGAUCACAACCAGUUUCUAAAUAUGCACGUGACAUCACACUGGAUCCAAACACAGCACACAAAGAGCUGUUAUUAUCUGAGGGGAACAGAAAAGUAACACAAAUGAAACAACAACAGUCUUAUUCUGAUCAUCCAGAAAGGUUCACCUUUUAUGAUCAAGUCCUGAGUAGAGAGAGUCUUACUGGGCGUUGUUACUGGGAGGUGGAGUGGAGAGGGGGAGGAAUAGAAGUAG